UUGUGGACUUUUAGUUGUGCUUAGUUCCUGUCUGAACUAAUAAACCAGCAAUCUGCUCGUUUGUGGCAGUUUUAUUGUCAUCAUGCCACAAUGCUUUAGGAAUCAUAGGAUUAAGUCAAAAAUAAAAGCAAUACAAAAGCAGAAUAAAUAUGUGUAUGUGACUGUAUGCAAAUGUUGUGGUGUUUGGCGGGCUUCAGCUAGGAGCCUGAUGCUACAUAGGUGAUAACUGUCUUUGAGUCUGUAGGUCCUGGCUUUGUGGGGUGUAUAUUUCCUCCCUGAAGUUUGAUUAAAUGUGAGACCAAUCUGUCAAUAUUUUCAUCACCCUGAUGGAUCUUCUUGUCCAAAACCGAGAAAACGGCAAACCAAACACUUAGUGCAUCAGCACGGGUUCUAUAAUGGCUAAUCCGAAGCAACAAGACACUGAACCAACUAAAAAUAAGAACAAAAUAUUAUCUUUUAUGGUUUUAUUCAAAUCCACAUAAUCAUUUGAGUACUGUCUUAUCUCUUGUGUUUUUUGUUGUUGUUGUGCACAGUGUAAUAUUGGUCCAACCAAGAGAGUGAAAAAGGGAUGGAAAAAGACUGAGACAAAGAGACAAAGAAAGAGAGCGUGCAUUACUACUGUUGUUCUGAAACAACAAUGGUUUCCCUUAUCUGUGUUGUUUGAGGCCUCCCAGCACCAUCUGUCUCUGGAAGGCUCUCUGGUAAGCUUGGCACUGAGGCACGGCAAUCACAGCAUUUUUGAUGCUAGUUGGGUUCUUAUAUUUGGAAUAUUCCUGUCAUAAGUUGAUUGUAUUUUAAAGCUUUGACGAUGAGCCGUCCAGGUUUGAGAGCCGACUCCAGUCAGUUCACAUUGGAAGGAGAACCUUUUCAGAUCCUGGGAGGUUCUGUGCACUAUUUCCGAGUCCCGAGACCCUACUGGAGGGACCGUCUGCUGAAGAUGAAGGCCUGUGGCCUCAACACUCUCACAACAUAUGUGCCGUGGAACCUGCACGAACCUGAGAGAGGAACCUUUAAUUUUCAGGAUCAGCUUGACCUAAAGUCUUACAUCCAUUUAGCAGCAGAAAUGGGACUGUGGGUCAUCUUGCGCCCUGGGCCUUACAUCUGUGCUGAAUGGGACUUGGGAGGCUUACCAAGCUGGUUACUACAGGACAAAGACAUGCAGUUGAGAACACUGUAUCCUGGCUUUGUCAAUGCUGUCAACUUGUUCUUUGACAAGCUCAUCCCUAUCGUCAAACCUCUGAUGUUUGAAGAAGGAGGCCCCAUCAUUGCUGUGCAAGUGGAAAAUGAGUAUGGAUCCUACGCUAAAGAGGAGGAAUACAUGCUUUUUAUUAGGACUUGUCUUCAGUCCAGAGGAGUCAAUGAACUUCUGAUGACUUCAGACAACUGGGAAGGCCUAAAAUACGGAGGGGUGACGGGAGCUCUGAAAACAAUCAAUUUUCAGCGGUUAUCAUUUGGAGCUAUCCAACACUUGGCUGACAUGCAGCCCCAGAAACCUCUCAUGGUGAUGGAGUACUGGUCUGGGUGGUUUGACGUCUGGGGAGAAAAUCAUCAUGUAUUCCACGCAGAAGACAUGCUAGCCGUGGUGUCCGAGCUUUUGUCCAGAGGCGUUUCCAUUAACCUGUACAUGUUCCAUGGUGGAACAAACUUUGGGUUCAUGAAUGGAGCGAUUGAUUUUGGAACCUACAAACCUCAAGUUACAAGUUAUGAUUACGACGCUCCCCUUUCUGAAGCUGGAGACUGCACCAUAAAAUACCAGCUAUUGAGGAAUUUAUUCAGCCAGUAUCACUCUGAACCUCUCCCUCAAGUGCCCUCCCCUCAAGAGAGAAGAGCAUAUGAACCUGUUGUAAUGCAGCAGCACCUACCCCUGUGGGACAGCUUGCACUUCACAGACAAGGCAAGCCACAGAUGGAAAACACUGGUCCAGUAUGACAGAUACACGUCAAAUUUAGAAAACAGAAAAAGCUGCAGCCAAAGCCGACACAAACAAUGAAAGUAUGCCC